AUGCAAGCAUCGAUACCAUUGACAAUUAGUAAUAGUACUACUAUUGUUAACUGUUGCGUACAUCACAAAGGUUGCUAUAGUACAGCUGUGGAAAGUGAUGAUUGGAAAUAUUGGUUCCUGAUUUAUUUCACCGAUUACAUAUGGAAAUGUGUUGAUGGGAAUCCUGUCUGUAGCGAAGAAGAAGGAAAGAAUUCAAUUGAUGUCUGUGCAGCAGCAAUUUGCAAGUGUGAUAGCGAUUUGGUUAGCUGUUGGAAACAGAAUGAUUUCUCUUACGUGAAGCAAGGAUGUUUGUCAAUAUGA